GAUACCCCACGAUGGGUUCACGUGACGCUCUUAUUACCCUUGCCAUGGACAAUGCAAAAGUCCUAAUAAACGUUCUCAAAGCGGUUCAAUUCAGAGAUCUGGCUACUGUUUUCGCCACUCCAAAUGGGCUGAAGAUAACCGUGGAAGAUGCCAAGUGUAUACAAGGCAACGCAUUCCUUCAAGCUGAGCUGUUUCGUGAUUAUCGCAUCUCGAAGGAAGUUGUGUCUUUCAAGAGCAACCUCAGCGUUCUUAUUGACUGCUUUUCAAUUUUCGGAACUUCCAAUCAACUUUCAGCGACUUCCUUGCUACUCACAUACAAGGACCAUGGAAGCACAUUGGACUUACUGCUAGAGGAAGAUGGUGUGGUUGCUGAGUGUAAUGUUAAAACAAUGGAGGCUUUCGAAAUACUUGAUUUUGACUUUUCUGGCUGUUCUUCAUCGGAUAAAGUCAUUGUCAAAUCCGAGUGCAUGCGUGAAGCGUUCAGCGAGUUGGAUAUGUCAAGCGAAGUACUCGAACUCACUCUUCUCCCCACCACAGCCGCACAGCCCCGAUUGCGCCUGACUACCUACGGCCUGGCAGGCACAAUGCAUUUCGACUUACCGCGCUCAUCGGAUCAGGUAGAAGUCUACGAAGUCAACUCGACCAGCCCGCGCUUAGCACGAUAUCGUCUUUCUCUUUUACGACCUGCCACCGCGCGUGCCCUUGCAUUGGCCUCACGCAUCUCUUUACGGAUCAACGAACGGGGAUUUUUAUCCAUGCAGCACAUGAUCAAUCUAACAGACGGGCAGGUGGCUUUUGUCGAAUUCUUUUGCGUUCCGGACGAAGAUGAUGGGGAUGCUGUGGAAGACGCGACCGAAAUGCGUGAACCCAACGACACGAUCAAUACACAACCCACAGGUUCCAAAUCUGCGUUCGCACACUCAGCACCGUAUAAGAAGCAGAGUGUUUACGAUCCACCAGAAUGGAGCGAUUAGUCACGUUCCGGCUCAUUUAUCAAUCAACAGCGCACCUUUUAUUCCAUUUUAAAACAUGUCGGUUUUUGUCAAACAUUUUUUAAACGCAUUUGUGUACGCACCCG